UCGGACCACGUCAGUUGUGUGGGUAGCGCGGGCAGCCCGUCUGGUCCAACUGCCAGGCAGCGCUCUAGCCAAUGUACCCUCGUCUGCACUCAACAUUCGAAGGAGGUCCGGUCUAUCUGCGUUUGGGCAAUGAUAUUCGACAUCGACCAACGUGCAUUGCGGAGCGGGUCGACGAAGAGCUUUCCUUCCUCAGCUGUUCUGCGGCAGUGUGCACAGCAACAUCGCAGUAAUCCUCCUCGAGGUUCCGGCCCGCACUCUUAGCGUUGAACUGCAGCGGUGGACCAUCGUCAUUUACAAGUGGAAACUCGUCUCCAAUCGGCAAAGUCAACUACAAGGGCCUCCCUGAAUGAUCGUCAUGAGCGCGUGGCACUGUCAGGGUUGAUCCAAGUCACGCACAGCCUGCCCAUAAUCUGCUUUUUGAGGUGCGUGCGUGCAAAAUAAGUUUAGUUGAUGGACGCUCAACGACCAGAGGUCGAAUACUCUUGGCGGUGCGCUGUUGAACAGCAUGACACGUGUGUGACAGAUUGUCACGUAGCAUUUUGUUUUUGUCAACGCAGUUUUCAUUCCACGACCCCUUGCAGCGCUGGCCUGCAAGAUUUAUUUGGGAAAGUCGAUUUUUUGUGCAAAUCCAAUCUCAACCCAUGUUGGUUAACUCCUAAAUCCAGGUUACAUCUCGUCAUCAUGGCCUGAUUUCAAUUGUC